GUCAACGCAUGCGCAUUGCAUUUACCGUAACGUUACGUGGGCGCCUAACGGUAUAAAUACUACAUUCGAUUUCAAGAACGGUAUCAGUUCUUUAACGCACUCAGUCAAUACAGACCUUCAAACAACAAACAAAAAACUUAAAAAAUGUUCAAGUUGGUGGUAUUGUCUGCUCUCCUGACCGUAGCUGCUGCUCGCCCCAGUCUCAUCGAAUCCCACUCAGCGCUGCAAUUGGCACCUGCCGCCACCAUUGCCGUGCAAGAGCCUGUGCUCACCAGAGUGGGCUCCGUGGUGAAGAGCAUUCCCACCGCUGUCUCCCACCAGAGCUCGACCAUUGUGCACAGCUCUGCGCAUGUGGUUGAAGAUAUUGUUGCACCUGCUUUGAGGACUAGCGUUGUGGCCGCACCAGCUUUGGUACAGUCUGUUGCCGCUGCUCCAGCGGUGGUACAAACCGUUGCCGCUGCUCCAACGGUGGUACAGUCUGUUGCUGCUGCUCCAGCGUUGGUACAGUCUGUUGCCGCUGCUCCAGUGCUGCACUCAGCUGCCGUACAAACUGUUGCCGCAGCUCCAUUGUUGCAACACGCUCCAAUUGCUGCAUCCCCUCUCGCUCAUGGCUUGUGGUAAACGCAUUGAGAUUAGGACGAUUUAGUUGGACUGCCUCUUUAUUAGUAAAUUUAUCAUUUUUGAUUUCUCCAAAAUUUUCAUUUCCUCAAUUUU